GCCGCUUCACUUCCGUUUCCUCGCGAGACUUCGAGGUACUAGUGUCGCGAGAGGUUUGUGUCGACAAGUGCUCCGUAGGCACCCAGUGGAGCAGGUUGACUGAAGUCAGGUGUUGGAGCCCCGCGGUGGAGGCGGGACCCUGAACUUCGCUGCGGAGGCUAUAACAUAGAAGAGAAAAAAUGGCCGUUGUCCAUUUAGAAGGGAAGUUUGAGGUGAUCCUGGUAAGCCUCUUAGGGGGAGCCGCCCUCAGCAUAGCAGACUUAGUGCACACGGAGAGCUGUGCAGUCUUCCAGGGGAGUUGAAGCCCGCCCACCUCAGCAGUCCUGUCUCAUGCACACCGGCAUCCCCAGCCCAGGCCCCUCUCCCAGGAGGUCCUUCCCGAGACCUGUCCUUAUCACAGGGUGAAACCUGGAAGACAGUUAAUCCCCACUGUAAACAGUCCUUUCCCACCUAGCCUCACCUCCAUCUUCCUCUCCUUUGUGUCAGUCUCUAAAACGGCGGGAACUCUGGUCCAGUGUUACAGCCUUCUGUGAGUAUUUCUUAUUGGCAAGUGAAAACUGCAAGCAGUGCUUUGAUUCCUGCUCUGACCUUUUGAAAUGAUUUUCCUGACUCAGUGAAAUGGUUUGCAUAGAAUGAAGUACAGCUGUCCCUCAGGCAGCCUCAUUGCAUCCCUGGAAGACUCACCUGAUAAUAAAGUUGUCCAGGAAUAAGGAAACAGAUAAAUUCAUCAGGUACAGAAGACCAUGCAAAACUACUUCACCUGAGAGGGACCAGACCCAGAUGUUUAAAAACAUGUUUUUUCCAGGCUUCCUUCUGAACAAGGACUUAGCUUCAAAAUAGCACACCAAGGGAUCUGCGUUGUCUCAGUGGGAAAUGAGGGAGAGGUUAAAAAACUGGGCGCCUAAGACUAAUUCUAGAAAACCUUUGGAAGUCAGAGUUAGAGAAGGAAUAAGACAAUUAGAAAGACUAUUACAGGCAAGAGAUGAUAACACAUGACAAAAUGUCCAUUUUCAGCCCAGGGACGCACCUACCUCAGCAUCCACAGGGUUACUCUACAGAGAAGCCCUAUAAAUGUGAGGAGUGCGGGAAAGCCUUCAGGCGAGCCUCACACCUGUCCCAGCAUCACAGUAUUCACACUGGUGAGAAACCCUAUGAAUGCAAGCAGUGUGGGAAGGCCUUUAGUCGUGAUUCCCAGCUAAGUCUUCAUCAGAGACUUCACACCGGUGAGAAACCCUACACGUGCAAGGAAUGUGGAAAGGCUUUCACUCAGAGCUCACAACUUAUUUUGCACCAUAGAAUUCAUACUGGUGAGAAACCAUACAAGUGCGAAGCAUGUGGGAAAGCCUUUAUUCGAAGCUCACAACUCAGCCGGCAUCAAAAGGUCCACACUGGAGAGAAGCCUUUCGAAUGUAAAGAAUGUGGGAAGGCCUUCACCCAGAACUCACAGCUCACUCUGCACCAGAGACUGCACACUGGCGAGAAGCUUUACGACUGUAAAGAGUGCAGGAAGGUCUUUACACAGCUCUCGCAGCUCAUUCUCCACAGACGAAUCCACACUGGCGAGAAACCCUAUGAGUGUAAAGAGUGUGGGAAAGCUUUCAUUUGUGGCUCACAGCUUUCGCAGCACCAGAAAACCCACAAUGGAGAAAAGCCGUACGAGUGUAAGGAGUGUGGGAAGGCUUUCAUUCGAGGUUCCCUGCUUAUGCAGCAUCAAAGAAUCCACACUGGCGAAAAACCCUAUAAAUGUGAUGAAUGUGGAAAGGCUUUUAUCCGUGGUUCCCAGCUCACUCAGCACCAGAGGAUUCAUACUAACGAAAAGCCUUACGAAUGUAAAGAAUGUGGGAAGACCUUCAGUCAUGGCUCCCAACUAACUCAACAUCAGAGAAUCCACACCGGCGAGAAGCCCUAUCAGUGUAAGGAGUGUGGGAAAGCCUUUAAUCGCGGGUCACUCCUUACUCGACACCAGAGGAUUCACACCGGUGAAAAACCCUACAAAUGUAAAGAAUGUGGAAAAGAUUUUAGCCGGGGCUCAGAGCUUACUCAGCACGAGAGAAUCCACACGGGCGAGAAGCCCUAUGAGUGUAAGGAGUGUGGGAAGUCCUUUAUCCGUGGCUCGCAGCUCACUCAGCAUCAGAGAAUCCACACGGGGGAAAAACCGUACGAGUGUAAAGAAUGCCGAAUGGCCUUCACUCAGAGCUCACAUCUUUCCCAGCAUCAGAGACUUCACACCGGUGAGAAACCCUACGUGUGCAGCGAAUGUGGGAAGGCCUUUGCGCGUGGGUUGCUGCUCAUACAGCAUCAGAGAAUCCACACGGGCGAGAAGCCCUAUGAGUGCAGGGAGUGUGGGAAGGCUUUUAUCCGUGGUUCACAGCUCACUCAACAUCAGCGAACUCACACUGGAGAGAAACCUUACGAAUGCAGGGAAUGUGGGAAGGCCUUUGGUCACGGCUCUCAGCUCACUCUGCAUCAGAGGGUCCACACAGGUGAGAAGCCCUAUGAAUGUAAGGAGUGCAGAAAGGCCUUCGCUCAGAGCUCACAUCUUUCUCGGCACCAACGGGUUCAUACCGGCGAGAAACCGUAUCAGUGUAAAGAAUGUGAAAAGGCCUUUACACGUGGGUCCCAACUAACGCAACAUCAGAGGAUUCAUAUCAGUGACAAAUCUUUUGACUGUAAGGAAUGCCGAAUAGACCUUAGUCAUCAUUCACAAAUUUUUAUAUGAGUUAAUUUAUUCUAUGCAAGUAACACAGCUCUCCCUAGCCAUUCAUUCUUUAUCAGUGAAGAAUUCUUACAGAUGUGAAUCUGGGACUCAUGAAGUUCAGCAUUUGAGAAUGUAUGUGGGAGAGUGGAAAUGCUGACAUAUCCACAUAGGGAAACCGUUUGUUUACAUGUUCUCAUGGUAUUACAUUUUAGCGGUUAAAAUGGAAAGUGAUUCCAUGCUGUUAUAUAGAAGGUCCUUAGCAUAGAAAACGUCAUUAUUACAUUAUCCAGGUGCUAUCAGUUGGUCUCCUUUGUGACAUUUGUUAUGAGUAACCUGGCUUUCAUUGAAGCAUUUGUAAGGCAGAUCUAAGACCCAGUGUUUUCAUAAGAGUCUUCUAAAUAUCAUGUUUUAACAUGUAAAAGCACUUGGAUCAGUGCCUUUCACAAAGCGUAUCAUAAAUAUUAGCUGUAUUUUUAUUAUUUGCAUCAAAAGGAGGGAACUUGAUGAAUGUAGUUAUCAUUAAGAAAUCUUUGAUGGGGCUGGAGAGAUGGCUCAGUGGUUAAGAGCACUGACUGCUAUGCCAGAGGUCCUGAGUUCAAUUCCCAGCAACCACAUGGUGGCUCACGACCAUCUGUAAUGAGAUCUGAGGCCCUCUACUGGUGUGUCUGAAGACAGUGACAGUGUACACAUAUAUAAUAAAUAAAUAAAUUUUUAUAAAAGGAGAGGAUCAUUUAAAAAAAGAAAUCUCUCAUUAUUAUUUGGGAAGCUUUAUGUGCUGUCAUCAGUGUGAGAAAGCUUUCAUUCAGAUCUUAUAUAUUUAUUAUAAAAGGAAAUUUAUGCUAUAAGGAAACCCUCGGUAUUGGUGGGUUAUUGGGUAUCAUGGUUACAGAAUUGACUUGUCAGGGUCCCAAAGCUUAUGUGUUUCACCAUCUCUAAUAUCACUCACUCAUGAUGAACUAAAUACUCAAGGUAAAUCUAGGAAAUGAAGAAACCUUGAAAUGGUAGUUUUGUGAACUAAACUGAAAGUACAGUUACACACAUAGACUUACAAUAAAAAAAUGAUCUUGUAUCAGAGAUCGCUAUUCUACCCAA